ACAUACUUGACCUUAUAAAUGAACCAGAAGGGGACGAGUAACAUGGCUAUUUUAAGUUUGUAGCAUUUCUUUAAUUUAAUACUGUAUGCAGUUUUAAUUGGGGUUCAAAUUAGGUUCAUACCUUAUUCAUUGGCAGAUAAAGUAAUUUAGAGUUAUAUGUGGAUGACAAAGGUUUAGAAGAAAAUUCUUGUGUUAUUGUUCAAAAAAAAACUCAGACACACAAGUCACAACCCAAAAAAACAGAUAUUUAAAAAAUUGGCUCCAAUAACUGCUUGUUUUGGCCACUCUAUUGGCCUGCACAAGGCACAAUGUUUUGGGCACUUUUUGUUCUUGGACAUGAUUGUGGCAAUGGAAGUUUUUCAAACAGUUCUUUGUUGAACAGCACUGUGGGCCACAUCUUGCACUCCUCAAUUCUUGUACCAUACCAUGGAUGGAGAAUUAGCCACAAGACUCAGCAUCAGAGCCAUGGCCAUGUUGAGAAGGAUGAAUCAUGGGUUCCGCUUACAGAGAAAUUUUACAAGAAUCUAGACAACAUGACAAGAAUGCUGAGAUUCACUCUUCCUUUGCCCAUCUUUGCAUACCCCUUUUAUUUGUGGAGUAGAAGUCCAGGAAAAGAAGGUUCUCAUUUCAACCCUUACAUCAAGUUGUUCUCCCCUGGUGAGAGAAGAGAUGUGCUAACUUCAACUCUGUUGGGGCAUCAUGCUUUCUGUGGUUCUUUAUCUUUACCUCACAAUGGGUCCACUUUUUAUGCUCAAGCUCUAUGGGGUUCCCUAUUUGGUAAUCUCACUCCCACACUUUAUUUAUACAUCACACACCAGUUUGGGUUAUCUAUAAGGCUCUGGAGUAUGCAUGGCUCCGGAGUAUGCUAUGGGAGGAUUAUUUUCUGUGAAAUCUGA